GUAGUAAGUAGUGGUCGGUCACUGACACUGGUCUAUUCAUAAUUUCUUCAUUCAUUCAUCACAAUCAUCUGCAAUGCUGUGAAAUGAAUAGCGUAGUUAAAAACUAUUAUUUUAGUUUUAUUUCUGUUCAUGAGUGAAUAGAUGCCGGUGAAUAAAUGAAGACUUCGCGAAAAUCAGCAGGGACCACCACAAUGAGGAAAUAUUAUCAACUAAUACUCGUCAUAGUGUGCUUUAUGAGUAUUGUUACAUUACUCAUAUACCGCCACGAAUACUACAGGCUUAGAUAUGUACUAGAAGUACUGAAUUUCUUUGGCAAACCGGGGCUGUCUGAAAUCGAGUUCUGCGGCCCCGGGUUUAACGCGACGAUGCUGUCCGAAAUACUCCGAAACUCGUCGAUGGAAAUCCGUGAAACGCCGCCACUGUUUCAGCAGAUUGACGAAAACUUUUACUCCUAUUCAUCUUUCUUGAGAUCAUAUCAGAAGUAUGAUAAGUUGACGCCAAUGCAUGCCCAUAACAUUGACACUAUAGUGAUCGGUAAGGCGCACGUCCCACCGAACUUUCGUUGCAACAUCUGGCUGGAGAACACAAACAAACCAAAAGCAGGCCGGUUCACUUACAAAAUUGUAUCGGAACCCAUCAAUGAUUUCCGCUUAUACAUCUUCCAGUGUUCACUGAACAAGAAUUUGGGUAAACCAAAAGGGAUCAGUUUCUACAUGAAUGAUUAUAAUAUCAACCCGAUACAUGCCCCAAUUAACAGAGUUAUAGAAGUGAAUACUAAGAGAAAGCCUAGAGAGAGUAGCAGCAUCAAGUUUGUCAAUAACAUAGAGCCAGCCAUUUGUGUCAUACCAAACCAAGUGCCAUUGGUGUCCAGGGAUUCAUUCAUAGAAUUCCUAGUAUUUCAUCACAUGAUGGGUGUUAAUUACUUCACAAUAUAUGACAGCAUGAUAUCUGAAGAUAUUAUCCGGAGACUGAACUUACUGCCAACUGAUAUAACCCAGUGGAACAUACAAUUCUUUCCGUUGAACUAUCCAUUUAUAUUUGCUAAGUCUUAUAGUAUUGUUAGAGAUGCUAUUGAGCUUGAUUGCUUAUUCAGAAAUUUUAGAUAUGAUAAAGAGGAAGCUGAAAAAGUAAGUCAUGCUAUGGUGAUGGCAUGGGACGAGUUCUUAGCACCAAGAGUACACAAUAAUGUCAAAGAAAUAUUCAAUGACUUUGACCCAACGAGGAAGUUUAAAACUCUGGAAGUGAAACCUCUUUUGUUUUGUUUGAAUCAAGCUGAUGAUGACAGGACUGAGGAAGGUUACCCUGAGAUAAUGAAGAAGACACAUUACUACAUGAUGUCUCAAGAAUUGAAGUCGGUAUAUGUGAGGAAUUUGGAUGCCAUGCAGACAUUCGAAGAUAUAUUUACUGUCAACUCGACUACUAAGGUGUUGCCAAUAGAAAUAUUGGCUGCACACAAGUAUACAGAGUGUAGGGAUCCGAAACAAUACAAUCCUAGUGGAGUUGGGUACAAUGAGACACAAAUGCAGGUAUUCCAACACAAGUUCGAAGGUGCAAUGACAAAGUUUGGACAGAAUUUAGUUAGCAAUAAAAUCUAUAGGCUGUACAGAUCGGGUAAGAUUUGGGAGAAGAAUACAAACGAAUUUGUUAGGGAUAUGUUAUGAAUUCAAAAGAAUAGUGAUGUUGGUUGAAUAUUAUAGUUGGUAUUUUAUAGGAAUGAAUUAAAUGUAUCAUGAGAAUUGUCUCAACAAUGCAAAGCAUAAUUUCUAUAAUUAAGACUCGGUAAGCUUGUGAUGAAGUAUUAAAACAAGUUAGUAUGACCUAAAUGCCAUAUUAUUUAAAUGAUUGGUCAUACAUAGCUUAUUUGCAGCAUUUCAUGAACAAAUUGAAAUUCUUGUUGGAAUUUACUUUUUUAAUUGUUGUUGAAUUAUUCAAGAUUAAUUGUUAAGUUGAAAAAAAAAUUAUAUAUUAUACACUAUAGCACAUGAGCGAGAGUUGAAUACAGCUGUCGCGAUUUCUAAUCCCAUUCUUUAUCGGCACGGGUUGUAAAAUUCAAUGCCUGGAUAGUCGAAUUUUGUUUUUACUUUUUAAUUUAGGUAGUUAUAUUUUACAUACAGUUUAGGAAUAAUCUUUAAAAAAUUGUAGCUAAACUACCCUGAAUUAAGUCACCUUUUGGAGAGAGACGAAGACGCAUCAGUCGGGAGUGGCCAUUUUCACAAUUAUUAAUACGUUCUCUAAGAAGUUUGCCAUACUCUCAUCUUCGUGUAGCCGAGAGACGUCUAUUGCUGGACAAAGGCCUCCCCCAAGUUCGCCACUUUGGUCGAUCUUGAGCAACCCGCAUCCACUGCCCGUCCAUCUAGUGGGGGGUCUGCCCACGCUGCGUUUUCCGGGUCGCGGUCGCCACUGGAGAACUUUACUGCCCUAAAUAUUGUGUAUUAGAAAAAUAAUAAUGAGUGGCCUCUCUUCAAAGGGUAGCUUUAGUUAACCACUUCCAGGUAAUUUAACAAUUUAGGACCUCUUUCAAGAUGAUGUAGAAGGAACUUAGUGAAUUUAGGAAUCAUAUAGAAAAUAUUGUUAAGAUGUGCCUUGAUUAUAGUGGUGGCUAGAUAGGAUAAUACAUACUCAAUUUUCCUCCUUAAACCUACGUAAUAAGACUGCUUUUUGAAUAAUAGCAGAAUCCUGUACUUCCUUUUGAUGUCCCAACAAGUUCUUUUCAUCGAAAUUAUUUUAAUAUAUCUAUGUAGAUCUCAGAACAAGGUUGCUUAGUUCGGUAUUUUUUUUUACUUGAGAUUUCUAACUUAUUUGAAACGAUUGUUUUAUUAAUUUCCAAAAAUAAAUAUUGUCAUUCAAA